AUGGAAGUUGCUAGCACUGACGCUGCUCCCGUCAAGCCCAACUAUAAUUUCGCCCUCGCGUUGUUCAUCGAGAAGGAACGCAGGAAGACUUUCAACGUUGUUCCUGCAAUAGCUGGUUACGUGAAUGUGUCGGAGCUCGUCAGAGGAUGCAACAUCAUGGAUAUCCCAUACGAGAACUCUCUCAAUCCUGACGACAUUAACACGAAAAAGGAAGGAAAGGAGAUGAUCGGCGCUCUAAACAGACGAUCUCCAACGAAUUCCUUCAAAUCGGACGCUUCUUCUGAGCUGAUCGUUGACGAAGACGAGGUUUCCCACCAUUCGUCAGUAGAAUUCGAGCAAGGAGGGGAGAAAUAAAUAAAAAAAGUCUUCGAUCGCCCACGACCGCUACAAACAUACACCAACUCGGAUCUAUUUUUUAAAUGUUAAUCUGUAUAAACGACAUACUUUGAUUUAUGCUUAAUCCUGUUAAUAAAGCA